CACCCAUGUUAUUAUUCCUACCGUCCUUGUGCGUAGCUCGCUAACACAUUUCCACCAACAUUCAUGGUAAAGAUGGAUGCAUUGGAUCACGUGUUAACAGACCCACUGGAGUCUGGAAUGGAUCAGGAUGGACGUGUGAUGGAAGAGUGCAUGUUGGGAAACUGUAGAGUUCGGGUUCCUGAAGAUUUGCUGGAGGACCCAGAGAUAUUCUUCUCGGUGAUGAGUGAGAGCACAUGGACAGAUGUGCUCACAGAUGCUCAACGGACACAUCUAUGCCAACUCCUGCCUCAGUUCUCCGAGAAUAACAUUUCAGAACAAAACAGCAUCAUCAGCGAACUUUUCAACAACCAGAAUUACUUCUUCGGAAACCCCUUGCACAUUGCCCAGAAGCUGUUUAGAGGUUACUCUCUUUUCCUUUUAUUUUCAACCUUUGAAUUUUUAAAUACAAGUUUGUUAAUCGGUUACUUUAACCCAGAGGUGGUCAAGUACAGACAACUUUGUGCCAAAUCGCAGAAAAAAAGGCACAUCUACUCCCUUCAACAGUACUACCACAAAUUACUCAAACAGAUCCUGGUUUCUAGAAAGGAGUUGCUGGAUUUGGCAGUCCGCAGUGGACCUGAGCUUGCGGUAAAACGGCGGUACCCUGCCCCCUCUCAUAAGGAGAUGCUGGAGCAGAGGGUGAGACAUCGAGUGGGUCACAUACUGAAGGGUGUGAAAACAGAGUGUGGGGACAGUAAUGUGUCAUCUGAUGAAGAUGAUACAGCCUCUUGGUUUCCUGUUCCUCAGUCGCCCUCCUCCACAACGCCAACUGUCUCUCUCAGGGUCCUACCCAGCCUUUCUACUCAGGACAUGAAAACCAGAGACAAGCCUGAGCUGGGUGAGAAGGAGCUAAGAGCCAUGCUGCACAGACACAGAGAGAAAAGAAAACGACAGCCAAUCAAGGGGUUUUUAGAUUGUGUAAAUUCAUACAUUUCAUGCACUACUUCAUUCAAGUAUGUCAAAACCACCAAUAGAGUACAUUUCUUUACACUGAUAUGUACAGGUCCAAGUCAGGAGGUAGACAAAGAUCUAAGUGCCCUGUGCCAGUUAUGGCUGGAGUCAAAGGAUCAUGUUAUUGUCAAGCAAGAGGGAGAGGAAACCACAGAGCUCACUCCUCCAACACCAAGAGUAUGGACUGACUAUGUGGUGAGGCCUAGUACAGGAGAGGAAAGGCAUGUUUUUCAAGAGCAGGAGCAGCAGCGUUAUGAUCAGCCGCAUAAAGCCUUCACUUACCGAAUGCACGGCUUUGAGUCUGUGGUGGGACCGGUCAAGGGAGUUUUUGACAAGGAGACGUCGCUCAAUAAAGCACGAGAGCAUUCUUUACUGCGGUCUGACAGACCGGCCUAUGUCACCAUACUGUCUCUCGUGCGAGAUGCUGCUGCCAGGCUUCCUAAUGGAGAAGGUACUAGAGCUGAGAUUUGUGAGUUACUCAAGGACUCCCAGUUCUUAGCCCCCGAUGUCACCAGCGCUCAGGUAAACACGGUGGUGAGCGGUGCCCUUGACCGCCUGCACUAUGAGAAAGACCCUUGCGUGAAAUACGACAUUGGCCACAAACUGUGGAUCUACCUCCACAGGGACCGGAGCCAGGAGGAGUUUGAGCGAAUACACCAGGCCCAGGCUGCAGCUGCCAAAGCCAAGAAAGCUUUGCAGCAGAAGUCCAAACCAGCACCCAAACCUAAGGCAUGCGGUAAAGAGCCAGAGGCUGCUCAGAGCUCAGGGAGUGAAGUAGUAGCCAUUGCAGCCGCCAGCUUGUCUCAGCCCCCCUCCACCCCCACAUCAAGCACACCUGGAACCCCUAAAUCUCCCCUCCCUCCCACAGCAGCUACUCCAAUCAAAGUAGGUGCCCCGGAACCCGUCAAAACCAAUCCCAGUGUCCUGUUGGUGUCUCCUCCUUCCAUGCCUCCAUUAGGAACGUUGCUAUCUGCCAGUCAGCCUGGCCCACAGGUUUCCCAACAGGCCUCUCCGCAGCCUGCAACUCGGGUAGUGGCACACUCUGCUGCCACAGGCUCUCUGCCUCAGGUGCGAGUGGUCACUGCCCAGGCCGGUCUUCAGACAUCCUCUGCAGGUCAGGCGGCCACAUUAGUGCAUCAGAGCCCUCACCAUAUCAGGGUGCCGGUCACUGUGGCCCAUGGAAAGAGCAUCACGCAGGCGGUGGUGACUCUACCACUAAGAGGCCAUUCUGCAGGAAGUCCCAUUCAAGUGCAGUCUUCACGGGGUCAGGCCAGUCUUGCUGUUCCAGGUCUUGCCUCUACGGUCACAGUAACCAAACAUCAGACGAGCUCCCCUGCCAGCCCACCACACAACCCAACAUCACCUGCAGUAUUGCAGGGUGUCAGCAGCCAGAAUAUUAUCAAACAGGUUGCAAUCACUGGUCAGUUAGGUGUAAAGACCCAGAGUGGGGCAGGGAUCCCUCUCACUGCCACUAACCUCCGCAUUCAGGGGAAGGAUGUACUCCGCUUGCCCUCCUCCUCAAUUACGACCGACGCUAAAGGUCAGACAGUACUUCGCAUUACCCCAGACAUGAUGGCCACCCUCACUAAAUCUCCAGUGGCCACUGUCAAACUCACUCCAGACAUGCUGAGCAGUGCCAUGAGCUCAGGCAGCAAGAGCAUCUCUGCUACACUACAUGUGUCUGCACCCCAGCCCUCACCUCCUACUUCAAACACCGCUGCAUCCGCAACAGCUGAGAACUUGGCUGCCAAAGCACCGGCUACCCUAGUGAAGGUUCACCCGGAGCUGAAGGCUGCCUGUGACACCACCAUCCGCCUCAUGCCCGCCUUGGCCGUCACUAUGGCUGACCCCAAGGCCCGCACAUACUCAUCUGUCACCUCGUCCGACGCUAAAGCAGGCACCACUAUUCGAAUAGUGCCAAACCUUGGUGUGAUCCCUCAGAAACAAGGUCAGACUGUCUCAAUCAGCACAACCACAAGUACAAAGCCUGUCACGGUAUCAUCAGGGGCGGCCACUGUUACUAUAGCCACCAGUGGAGUGGGAGGGGCCAAAAAAACUACUUGAACAUACAAGUAGAGACACACAAACAAAAAAAAUCCUAUAUAGCACUCACUUCA